CAGCGCCGGGGGCUUGGCCCUGGGGCUCGGCUCCGGGUGGGGUCGCCGCGGUCCCGGCUCCCAGCCACCGCCACCCCCCCUCCCCCCAAAAUCCUGCCGGCCAGUGGUGGCCGGAAGUGGUGGCGACUCCGGAGGGAAGUUGAGGCCCCGGUGGGGGCGGGGGCCGCGCGGAGGAGCCUGCCUGACCGGAAGCCUGUCCCCCGCUCCUUCCCCUUUUCAAAGCACCUGGGCCCGUUGCUGCCCCGGGCGGGCCGCGUGCGGACUUUGGUCCGGGCGGUAACUGCGGGCGUUCCGGCGGCGGAGGCUCAUUCAUUCGCCGGGCGCGGGCGGGGGCGGAGAGCGCGUGCGCCCCGCGAGGGGGAGCGGCUGGGCCAAGGUCAGGCCCCGUGUGGUCCGCGGUGCAGGGCGAAGGCGGCGGCGGCCGGGCCCGCUGUGUUCCCCACUCCCGGCCGCCAAGGGGGACACCCCAGGCCACGGAGUUGAGGAACCCUCGGACCCGCGGGGUCCUGCCAGAUCAGACGGAAAAGUGACCCACAGGCUUGAGAGGCGGCAGCGGGAGUGGACGCAGGGUCCGCGGUGCGGGCACCAAGGACAGGGCCCGGGGCAGGGACGCAGAGCUGGACACAGCCCCACCCGCUGACCAGGACCCUGUGGAGAGGGACCCACACAUGGAGCUGCGGGAAGAGGCCUGGUCUCCGGGGCCGCUGGAUUCCGAGGACCAGCAGAUGGCCAGUCACGAGAACCCAGUGGACAUCCUCAUCAUGGACGAUGACGACGUGCCCACCUGGCCCCCCACCAAGCUGUCCCCGCCCCCUUCGGCGCCCCCGGCCGGCCCCCCGCCCCGGCCGCGCCCGCCGGCGCCCUACAUCUGCAACGAGUGCGGCAAGAGCUUCAGCCACUGGUCCAAGCUGACGCGGCACCAGCGCACGCACACGGGCGAGCGGCCCAACGCCUGCACCGACUGCGGCAAGACCUUCUCGCAGAGCUCGCACCUGGUGCAGCACCGGCGCAUCCACACGGGCGAGAAGCCCUACGCCUGCUCCGAGUGCGGCAAGCGCUUCAGCUGGAGCUCCAACCUCAUGCAGCACCAGCGCAUCCACACGGGCGAGAAGCCCUACGCCUGCCCCGACUGCGGCCGCAGCUUCACGCAGAGCAAGAGCCUGGCCAAGCACCGGCGCUCGCACAGCGGCCUCAAGCCCUUCGUGUGCCCGCGCUGCGGCCGCGGCUUCAGCCAGCCCAAGAGCCUGGCGCGCCACCUGCGGCUGCACCCCGAGCUGUCGGGCCCCGGCGUGGCGGCCAAGGUGCUGGCGGCCAGCGUGCGCCGGGCCAAGGCGCCCGACGAGGCGGCGGCGGCGGACGGCGAGAUCGCCAUCCCGGUGGGCGACGGUGACGGCAUCAUCGUGGUGGGCGCGGCGGGGGAGGGCGCGGCGGGGGCGGCGGCGGCGGGCGCGGGGGCCAAGGCGCCGGGGCCCCGCUCCCGGCGCGCGCCCGCCCCCAAGCCGUACGUGUGCGUGGAGUGCGGCCAGGGCUUCGGGCAGGCGGCCGCGCUCCUGGCGCACCAGCGCGCCCAGCACGAGGACGCGCUCGGGGCGGGCGGCGAGGAGCCCGCGCACAUCUGCGUGGAGUGCGGCGAGGGCUUCGUGCAGGGCGCGGCGCUGCGCAGACACAAGAAGGUCCACGCGGUGGGCGCGCCCUCCGUCUGCAGCCGCUGCGGACAGAGCUACUACCGCGCCGGCGGGGACGAGGAGGACGACGGGGACGAGGCGGCGGGCGGCCGGUGCAGCGAGUGCCGCGGCGGGGAGGCCCGGUAGGGGUGGGGGCCCGGGGGGGCAGGGCCCCUCGGGCUCGGCGGGAGCGACGGCGCAGGACCCAGAGACCCGGGGAGAAAAUGGACCGAGGGGCCCGGACCCGCAGCGACCUCCCUCCCGGGCCCGUCCCGGGGUGCAGUGGCCUGGGGAGGGGCGCGGGGUGCUCCCCUCGCCACCUUGCCCGCUGCGCCCUCCCCGCGCCCGAGCGCGGACCUGGCUGCCCCCUGUAGGCUCUCGGCCGAGCCCGAGAUAGACGAUGUGAACUAGCGACCAAGCGACGACAAACCCACCCGCGAGACCAGUGCCCGCUUUCUCUUCCCCUCCGUCGGGGGCGUGACAGAGCCGAGAGCAAUCGGGCCCUUCCUUUCGGAGGGGGGCCCAGGGAAGGGAAAGAGGGGUCCUUCUCCCUUUUAGAGUUUUCUUUUAAUUGUACCCACCCCACCCCGUCACCAUUAUUUUCUCCCCUCCCGCGGGCCCCGUCCUCUUUCUCGCCCGAGCCCGCCCUCCCCGUCCUGGGUCCGGGGCGCAGGAGUGCGGAGCAGAGGGGCCCCUCGGAGAACCGUCCUGUUCCGCGGCCUGGGCGCGUGGAGGAGGGGUGCGGGGCCAAUAAAUGGCACUAUCCGA